AUGUGUGUGACAGAACAAGAAUUCAAAGCAAAGUGGCAAGCAAUGUUGCAAAAAUAUGAGUUGACAGAACACUCUUGGUACAAAAGAGUGUAUGAGUUGAAAGACAAAUGGUGUCCUGCCCUUUGUAGAGAUUUCUUUUCAGCAGGGAUCUUAUCGUCACAAAGGAGUGAAAGCACUAAUCAUGCCAUAGGAUUCAGAGCAAGUAAAGCAACUACUUUGACAAAAUUUUAUACCAUAUUUAAGAAGACAACUAAUCGUUGGAGAAGCACAAAGAAAUAUAAUAAAUUUACCUAUAGAAAAUCAAUAGCAUUCACUUCAUUGCCUCUAUCUAAAAUGCUAAAGCAUGCCACACAGGUUUUCACUUUAUCACUCUUUAGAAAUUUUGAAGAGGAGUUUGGAUACUCUAUGGCAACAAUUGUUCAGAUGUUAGGCAUAAUAAGAAUACCAGACAAGUAUGUUUCAAAAAGAUGGACUAAGUUUGCAAAAACAGAGGCAUGGGAUAGGUUGAAGAAUCAGGAUCCUAAACAGCAAUAUAUUCCAUGGAGGCAAACAAUGAUGAGGAAAUACUACAAUCUAAUCUUAAAAAGUCAAGAAAAUGAAGAGACAAGAGCAUUUAUGGAAGAAAGCUUCAGAAACAGUCUUAAAAUGGUGGAAGACUUACUUGCUAGUGCUGCUCAGAAAGAAAGUGCAGAAGCUGCUUCUAACAUUCCUGAUGUGGCAGACAACACUCAAAGCAAUACUGACGCUUCUUCAGCAUCGAGUACAAGCACAUGUGUACCAAUAAUUCUUGAUCCUAAAAGGGCUGUAACAAAAGGAAGAAGCAAGAGAGCAAAAGGAGGACUUGAAAAAAGCAAGAGAAAAAGAAAACCAGCACUGCCACCUCCAAAUUCAGAAUUUGGAUCAAAGACACCUAACUUACGACUCUUUUAA